AGAGAGCUGUUUGGAAUACUCAGUGUAGGAGGGGCUACAGAGUUAUAUAAUCUCAAGGCAGAACUGCUGAGAGCUUAGAGUGAGUUACACUGUGCGCAAGAUACUAGGAAAUCAGGCACGUGGGAACAUGUCUGGAAAACCAAGACUGCACUACUUCAAUGGACGAGGCCGAAUGGAAACCAUACGGUGGCUACUGGCAGCAGCUGGGGUUGAGUUUGAAGAAUCUUACCUGGAAAAAAAGGAGGAUCUGAUAAAGUUACAGAAGGAUGGAUCCCUGCUCUUUCAGCAAGUGCCAAUGGUAGAGAUGGACGGGAUGAAGCUGGUGCAGACCAGAGCCAUUGCCAACUACAUAGCAACGAAGUACAACCUCUACGGGAAGGACCUGAAGGAGAGAGUCCUAAUUGAUAUGUACGUGGAAGGAAUGUUCGAUCUGAAUGACUUGCUCAUGACUUAUGAAAUUCAACCAGCAGACAAAAAAGAGCAACACUUUGCAAAUAUGAUGGAUAAAACCGAAAACAGAUACUUCCCAGUCUUUGAGAAGGUUUUGAAAGACCAUGGGAAAGACUUUCUGGUUGGCAACCAGCUGAGCAGGGCAGAUGUUCAGUUACUUGAAAUCAUUCUAAUGGUAGAAGAGUGGAAGCCUGAAAUAUUUUCCAAAUUUCCUCUCUUGCAGAGCUUUAAGGCAAGAAUAUGUAAAAUCCCCACAAUAAAGAAAUUCCUGCAGCCUGGCAGCCAGAGGAAACCACCAACAGAUGAGAUUGUUUUGGACCAGGUGAUGAAAAUUUUCUACUCCUGAGCAACACUGUAAAGCCACAGAAACGCUGUUUCAUUUUAUUUGCAGAUGGGAGCCAAGUGAAACACAUUAAAAGAGUGGCAAGGAUAAAUUUAUGGAAAGUGUGAAAAAAAGAAAGGUUUUUUGAUGUCUCUUUCCUUAGCUACGGGACUGGUUUUGGCCUACUACAGGCACUCCAAGGUAAAGGUACAUGAGCCUACCAGCAAAGGAAAUACUUCCCUGAUUAGGAGGGAUAUUGGACAGCACAGGAUGCCUUAAAUAACUAAAGAGAAUACCUGAAAUAAAGUCUUACUCUCAAUACUCAAAA